AGCGGGCUGCGGCCGCGUUUCCUUCCCUGAACCGUGGCUCUGAGGCUAUGGGCAGUCAAGAGGUGCUGGGCCAGGCGGCUCGGCUGGCCUCAUCGGGUCUCCUGCUGCAGGUAUUGUUUCGAUUAAUCACCUUUGUCUUGAAUGCAUUUAUUCUUCGCUUCCUGUCAAAGGAGAUUGUGGGCAUAGUGAAUGUCAGGCUAACACUGCUUUACUCGACUACCAUCUUCCUGGCCAGGGAGGCCUUCCGAAGAGCUUGUCUGAGUGGGGGUACCCAGCGGGACUGGAGUCAGACCCUCAACCUCCUGUGGCUCACUGUCCCCCUGGGUGUGUUCUGGUCCUUACUCUUGGGCUGGGUCUGGCUGCAGUUGCUUGAAGUGCCUGAUCCAAAUGUGGUCCCUCACUAUGGAACUGGAGUGGUGCUGUUUGGCCUCUCGGCAGUUGUGGAGCUUCUGGGAGAGCCUUUCUGGUUCUUGGCACAAGCACAUAUGUUCGUUAAGCUCAAGGUUCUUGCUGAGAGCAUGUCGGUCAUCCUCAAGAGUGUCCUGACAGCUCUUCUUGUACUGUGGUUGCCUCACUGGGGUCUAUACAUUUUUUCUUUGGCUCAGCUUUUCUAUACUGCUGUUCUGGUGCUCUGCUACGUGAUUUAUUUAAUAAAGUUACUGCAUUCCCCAGAGUCAACCAAACAACUGACUCUUCCUGUCUCCAAAAUAGCACAACUGCUACCCAGUAUUUCAAGAAGCAAAGCAUUUGUCAAUUGGAAAGAGGCUAAAUUGACUUGGAGUUUUUUCAAACAGUCUUUCUUGAAACAGAUAUUGACAGAAGGCGAGCGGUAUGUGAUGACAUUUUUGAAUGUAUUGAACUUUGGCGAUCAGGGUGUAUAUGACAUAGUGAAUAAUCUUGGGUCCCUUGUAGCCAGGCUAAUUUUCCAGCCAAUAGAGGAGAGUUUUUAUAUAUUCUUUGCUAAGGUGCUAGAGAGGGAAAAGGAUGCCACGCUUCAGAAGCAGGAGGAUGUUGCCAUGGCUGCUGCGGUUUUGGAGUCCCUCCUCAAGCUGGCCUUGCUGACUGGCCUGACCAUCACUAUUUUUGGCUUUGCCUAUUCUCAGCUGGCUCUGGACAUCUAUGGAGGAGCCAUGCUUAGUUCAGGAUCGGGUCCCUUGUUGAUGCGUGCCUACUGUCUCUAUGUCCUCCUGCUUGCCGUCAACGGGGUGACUGAGUGUUUCACGUUUGCUGCCAUGAGUAAAGAGGAGGUUGACAGGUACAAUUUUACUAUGCUGGCACUGUCUUCCUCAUUUUUGGUCUUAUCCUACCUCCUGACCAGCUGGUGUGGCAGUGUGGGCUUCAUCUUGGCCAACUGCUUUAACAUGGGCAUUCGGAUCACACAAAGCCUUUACUUCAUCCAUCACUACUUCCAAGAGAGCCCCCACAGGCCCCUGGCUGGCCUGCGUCUGUCCCCAGCUCUUCUCGGGGUGUUUGCCCUCAGUGGUGGGAUUACUAGUGUCUCGGAGGCAUUGCUGUGCUGUGAGAAGGGAUGGCUGGCUAGGCUGGCACACAUUGCUGUGGGCACCAUCUGCUUAGGAGUGACCCUUGGGACAGCGUUCCUCACAGAGACCAAGCUGAUCCACUUUCUCAGGACUCAGUUGGGUGGAUCCAGACUCAGUGACAAAAUGAGAUGACUUGGAUGAUACUCUGACAUUUUGUACUGGACCAGCAUGGCGUGGUUCUUAGACAUGUGUUGCUGUGCAAAGCCCUGCUGUGGAGUGACGAGGUCAGAGAAGAGGUGUCAUCCAGUCCAAGGCCUCCAGCCACAAGGCGAGGGAAGACCAAAAGUUCUUUUUGUUAAUGAAUGGAUUCCGUUUUAGUGUGAUUGACCUUUGAAGUCAUAUUUUUUAACAAACUCUGUCUUAGAUAUUAAUAGUUAACAUUAUUUGGCCAAGGAAAAGCAAUUUAGCCAUUCCCCUGCCACAAGAAUAAUUAUUCUCUUCUACGAACGAAGUAAGGAGCCCCUGAGGUUACAUACCAACAAGAACAAAGUAUGGCCGAAGAACUGUGGCUUUCAGCCAGGUUGUGGGGGCUUAUGCCUUUGAUCCCAGCACUUGGGACUCUAAGGCAGGCAGAUCUCCAAGUUCUAGGCCACCUGUUCUACAGAGUGAGUUUCAGGACAGGCGGGGCUAUAUAGAGAAACCCUGUCUUAAAAAACGAACCAAGAAGAAAAGAAAGAAAAAUCAUGACUUGCCCUGUGUCAGUGCUGUGGUUUUAGUUAUUUAGUUAUUAGAGAAGAAAAGUGCUACUCACUGAGAAAUAUUUCUGGACUAAUGUUUGCAGUCCUAGGGAUUGAACUCAGGAUUUCAUGAAUGUUAAGCAAGCACUCUAACACUGAGCUAUACCCAUAUCCCAGGAGAUACAGAUCUCAUUCCCCAGAAGGCAUGCUGUAUCCCUCAGAGCAGCUCAUCCCAGAAGAGGUUUUCUUUACUGUCGAGUGUCUGAAACUGCCUGAUGGCUUUAGAUCUAGCCUCUUAAAAGAGGGAUCUCUGAAGGGAAGCAUGGGCUACUUUGUCCCUUAAGGGGCUGCUGCUUUCCAUCUUUCUUGAGUUUUGCUGUGGAAGUCACACAGGUAAUAACCACAGUCACAUAGCCAUCACUUUUUAUCCUCAGACUAUAAAAGGACAUGUUGCAUAUGGCAAGAAUCAGAGUCAACCCCUCUUAACUACCCCAUUAUUGCCAGUGCUGGUCAGUACAACUCUAUUCCAGCCCCGAGCAAGAGUGGCAGGCCCAGAGGUGUGGCCUCCAGGCUACCUCAUAAGCCAGGCUUCCUGCACCCUGCAUGAUGCUCUCGCACAGGAGAUCAUGAGCCUUUCUUUGGGCUGUAAAGUAGUUUUCUUUUUCCCUCUUAAUUCCCCUUUUGAUAUGGUUGUCCUUUGGUCCUGUAUGCACACUUCAUCUUGACGGUCAAUAGUCAAUAAUCCUCUGGCACAAUGUCCCCAAAUCUUCCAUACUUGCCUCUAGAGGGCCAACAAGAAUAAUUAGUAGGUGCAUUAAAGAAUGUGUACUUGGGCUAGGUGUGAUAGCACACAUCCUCAAUCCCAUCAUUCACACUUAGGAAGCAGAAAAACAUGGAUCUGUAAGUUCAAGACCAGCCUAGUCUACAGAGUGAGUUUAAGGCCAGCCUAGUCUACAUAGUGAUGUUCUGUCAAAAUGAAAAAGAAAGCAAAGAAAAAAAAUAUAUAUAUAUAUAUAUUUACCUUUUUUUUAAAUUUUCCUUAAAAAAAUGUGUGUGUAUGAUUUGUGUAUGUGUACAGGUGUGGGCACUCAUGUGUUAUGAGGCACGGAAGGAAGUCAGAGGACAACUUUUAGGAGUUAGUUUUCUCCUACUCAGAUCCAGGAGUUGAAGUCAGCUUUGCAGACUUGUGUGGCAAGCUUUUUGUUUGUUUGUUUGUUUUCAAGAGAGGUUUUCUCUGUGUAGCCUUGGCUGUCCUGGAGCUUUGUAGACCAGGCUGGCCUCGAACUCACAGAGAUCUGCCUGCCUCUACCUCCCUGAGUGCUGAGGUUACAGGUGUGUGCCAACAUGUGUGGCAAGCUUUUUAAUUUGGUGAGACGUAUUGCUAGCCCCAAGUGUAUCAUUUAAAACCAUUUGCUUAGAGUUAAUACCAGGACGCCCAAACCUCAUGAGUCAGUAGCAUAUUAAGAUUGGCCCCAGUCCCCUUGACAUGUUUUUUGUUCUUCUGUGGUACUGAGGAGCUAUGCAAGUGCUCUAACACUGAGCAACACCUCCAUACCUUUACAAGAGUCUUGUUAAGUCCUCUGAUUGGCCUUAACCUUGUGAUCCUCCUCCCUCCUGAGUGCCUGGGAUAGGGCACGGGGCCGGUGUGCCUGGCUACCUGGAUGUGUUUUUAUCUGUUCAGAGGAUUUCCUGCAUGUAUUCGGGACAGCAUUUAAAUAUAAGGCGCCCUGGGCAACUAGCGAUCCUCUCAAAGUAGAGCUUCAGUUGUGUUUUAUGGGGCUGUGUCAGGCUAGCUCAGAAAAAUGAGUAGAUCCAUGUAGUGGGGGGCACACAGACAGUUCGUAUCUUCUUGCUGUCCCAUGAGCACACAGGAAUGGGUGGACAUCAGGUCUCAGGACUACUCCAUCGCUUCUGUAGAACCCUGCCAGUACAUUGCCCACUUAAUCCCCAGCCUAGAAUGUGGUCCUUAGACUGCCUUCCCCAGCAUCUCCUGGACUCAAGAUCUUCAGAAAUGCAAGUUCUUGUGUCUACUCCACACUUUCAGAGUCUGGUUCGGGGCAGAGCUCAAGGAUGAGCUUGUCAGCAAACCUACAUGACUAUGGUGCUGCCCUGCUCAGUCCAGCCUGUCAUCCUCUUUAUAGCAGGCCAGAAGGACCAGUCACGCCUACACCCACAGUUUCCUGCUUCUGGCAUCAGCAGCCUGUGACUUCCGAGUCUAGGGAGCAGAACCACAAGAUUCUUACUUCUGGGUAGAGAGAGAAUCUCUGCAGUUGACUGUAGGUCCCUUUUCUCUGUUCACCUCUCCCCAUGCUGUCCAGCCAAUGCUAUUGUAACUGGGGCCCAUUUUAUUAAAAGAUGGUCGGCUAGACAGCUCAAGGCUCCUUUCUCUACCCUGCCAUCUUGUUUGUAGAAAUAAUGCAUGGCCCUGCAUUUCCUCAUUACUAAUCCCUACUUCUCAACUAUGGACAUUUUGGACCAGGCCCUGCACAGUUUUCAACCACUUGGCAAGCUCUCUGAAGCCUAGGUGAAUACAGCCAUGGCCUCUGGCACUUUACACAGGAUUGCAUCCACAGUGGGCAGGCUGCCUUGCUUUACCCAAGAAGGAUUUUGAGGAGUCUCAUGCUUUUAGCUUUAUCAUUUAAAAUAAACUGUGGUUUCUCCAUGGAAACAA